AUGGCCACCAAGCUCGCCGCCAAGCCCAAGAAUGCAGAUGAAGACCGCCUCGCUCAAGCCUCCAUCCCCGUCAUGCCCGAGCCACCGCUGCCGGAAGCCUCUGUCUCCACGUUUAGCUACAGCGAUUCCGACGAUGAGGAUGUGGAUGAGGUCUUGUUGGUGGACUCGCCACCACCGCUUCCUCAUCCUGGUGGAUCGCGGGUGCAUUCAUCAUCGCCGCCUCUCUCUGCGCCACUGCUAGAGCAGUCACCUCCUAGCUGCUGCAACUCCAACAAUGGGCACUCCAUUCCCAACUCAUCGAUGGAUGAUCUACACAACUCCAUUGACACUCCGCCACCACCACCGCCGCUCAAGCAAUGUCGGCCACAGCCUGGCGACAACAUGGUAGUGCCACCAACACCUGAGUCAGAGCCCAAGACAAGCCGUACCUACACUGAUAUCGUGAAGCAUUCUUCGUUGGGCAAAAAUCAUCACCAGCAGCCGCAGGACCACAAGCUUAAAUCAAUUAUCAUAGAUCUUGCUCGUCAUGAAGUUCCUCGCCAUUGUGCACGUCUUCGAGUUCAUUUCACUGAUAGCCCUUCGUGCUCUGCUACUUCAAGCAUCGAUUCACCCAAGAACACCUUGUGGAGAAAGAAAAAGCUGAAGAUAGCUUCGAUGUUGAAUCAAGAUUGGUCAGGCGUGAACCAGGCGACACAGCUGCGGUGGCCACUUCACCAUGCCAGGAACCAAGGAGCCGGGGAGACCAACUUCAUAGGCCCAAGGAGAUUGCCCCUAGUGGCUCCCCAGUCAGCAAUAUCAGAGGUUACAAUCCAAGAUGUCGAAGAUGCCCUUCUCCAACUAGAGAUUGUUGUAGCUAAGGAACCCCCAUUGAAUUCUAUUUCAUGUUGCUCACCUACCCAUGCUACCGGUGGGGAAUCUGACCCACUUCUACUCUCCUCGGCCUCAACAAAUGCUGAGCCCUCCUGUCCUAUUAUACAACUAGAGAAGCAGACAAUAGGUUCGUCUGCUCAAAUGCUAAGGUUAGAGACUAUUGAGUCUACCACACCCACACUGGAGAUCGAUGCAUCGUCCAGUUCUUUAACAAGCCAUCAGCUCGAGGAUACACUGGCAAAGGUGACCUUGGAGGGGAUGACUGGGUUCAGGUUGAGGAGGUGUCGUUUUCGUCUAGGCUACGUGUACACCAGGUGUCCACGCUACGAGUCCGCACGCCCCCGUCGUGGCUUUGGAGCUGCUUCUGGUGCCGACCCUUGCAUGGACAUUGUAGGACAUGGACACACUUUGCCACCUUUGCCAGAGGAUGAUGGCCAUACUACACAUGAGGUAGUGCUGGCAAACUUCAUCCAGUCAAUAACCAAGCCUAUCCAACAAUCCCUGCUUUGUCCACAACAACAUGGCCUAGUGAAGCCACGGAAGGAAAAAAAUAGGCCGAGCAAGCCGUCCCGGCGCAGUGCGCGCCUAGCAACCAUUGCUUGGCAAUGUGGUGACGCGCAGAUUAAAGCAAGGCAAGUGCUCAUGAAGCGGCUGGGCGUCACACAGGAAGAAGGCGAAACCAUGGAGAUGACCUUGUUGUGCUACCUCAACCUCUUCAAAGGUCCGAUGUUCGACUUUGUCAUCAAGGUGCUGGUGGCACUCAGUGGCCUUGAUGGACCAGCCAUGCUGGGGCAGAUUGCCACGUAA